AUGGAUGGGAGGAGGACAAUUUUGAUGGGACGUUAUGAAAUCGGUAAACAGCUGGGACAAGGAACCUUUGCAAAGGUCUUUUAUGCUCGUAAUCUUACUACUAGCCAAGCUGUUGCCAUAAAGAUGAUUAACAAGGACAAGGUCAUGAAGGUUGGGCUCAUGGAGCAGAUAAAGAGGGGAAAGCUCAGUGAGGAUGCUGCGAGGAAAUAUUUCCACCAAUUGAUCAGUGCUGUUGAUUAUUGCCACAGUCGAGGUGUCUAUCACCGUGAUUUGAAGCCCGAAAACCUUCUACUUGAUGAGAACGAAAACCUUAAAGUCUCAGAUUUUGGUCUGAGUGCUCUAGCUGAGUCCAAGAGGCAAGAUGGUCUCCUGCAUACCACAUGUGGAACUCCAGCUUAUGUUGCUCCUGAAGUGCUGAGCAGAAAAGGUUAUGAUGGUGCAAAGGCAGAUAUAUGGUCUUGUGGAGUAAUUCUUUUUGUGCUUGUGGCUGGUUACCUUCCUUUCCAUGACACAAAUUUGAUAGAGAUGUACAGGAAGAUUUCCAGAGCCGAGUUUAGAUGCCCUCGCAUUUUCUCAACUGAGCUGAAGGAUCUGCUAUAUAAAAUCCUCGAUCCAGAUCCAAGCACUAGAAUUUCUAUCUCGAGGAUAAAGAGGAGUGCUUGGUACAGAAAACCGGUUGAAGUACAUGCAAAGAAAAAUGAGGCCGAAACAAGCGAGAAUACUUGUACAGGUGAAGGUACAACUUCUGGCUCAACAGAGUGCAGUACGUCCGAGGGAAAUCAAGGGCCAUUAAGCCUCCCAAACUUGAAUGCAUUUGACAUCAUCUCUCUCUCAACAGGUUUUAAUCUUUCUGGGUUUUUUGAGGAUAAGUAUGGUCGCAGGGAAGAGAGAUUUACUACCAGACAGCCUGUAACAACAGUAUUUACAAAGCUAAAGGAGCUUUCCAAACGCUUAAAGCUGAAGGUCAAGAUGAAAGAAAAUGGGAUCUUGAAAUUGGCAUCUCCAAAGGAAGGAAAGAAGGGUGUGCUUGAGCUUGAUGCAGAGAUUUUGGAGGUUGCCCCUUCUUUGCUCUUAGUUGAGUUGAAAAAGACCAAUGGGGACACGAUGGAGUAUCAAAAGCUAGUGAAAGAGGAGAAUAAGGCCAGCACUGAAGGAUAUUGUUUGGCUCUGCUUAGAUGUGGUCAUAGAAGACUUUGCAAGUCUACUGCCCCCAGGAGUGCCCUCCAUCUUCCUCGUCCAGCUGGUGUGGAGGCUGAGCUGCAUCCGGUCUCUGUUGGCCAUAUGAGCAUGGCUGCAGAAAUGGAACAGCCACUUCGGAGUUCAAUGUGGGGCAUGAUUGUUUGGUUGUGCCAGGGAAUCCAUGUCCAUGGACAAUUGGACAUCGAAGAGGAACCCCGCAUUGGAAAUGGAUCGAUCGUUGAGAACCCCGCAUCUGACCUGGUGAAAUCAGAAUCUGACCGAAUAAAAACUUUUUACCAGACUGUCCUGUCGGCCAUCAUGGUGUUCGUCACGGCGGCGCUAGCAAGCUACAAGGACAUGAAGACCCUUUACUCGACCACAAGCCACAACAAAGCUCGCCUCAGCAGCCUCCUCGUCGACGAGGGCUUAUUCAUAUUCAUGACCUUCUUGUGUGCUGUGGUUCUAAUGAUGUCUGAGUUCUUCGUGUACCAGUAUGGCCAUGGCCGGUGGGGCCGUGUCUGGUGCUGGGUUCUCACCAUCCUCGUUGCAGUCACCGGUGGGAUGCUAAUCGUGGCUGAUACAAUCCUCAUCGUGACGAACCGAAGCAACAUGUUGCUGUCAGUUCUUGGGCCGGUGGUGUUGCUUGUCGGUGCAGCCGUGAGUGCUGGAGCAUGGAUGCGGGAGGAACCCAGCUCGGAGCUUGGCAGCAGUAACGACGCGGCCAUGAAGGUCACCUUUGAUCUGGCCACAGUUGGCACCAUUGUCUCUUUCACUCUUCAGGGGGGCAUCGUCUUUGGCUACCUGAAAACCCCAGGCAGUAAGCAGGUCAAGCGUGACCCGCCCCUGGACCUUGCUGCGUGCUAUGCCACCUCGACGCUCUCCCUGAUCGCAAUGAUGGUGUGCGCUAUGCCGCUGGCGUGUCGACAACAUUUUUUUUCUCGAAUACGCAAGAGUGUUGCGUAUCAUUGCAUUAAGAAGGAAAAUGUCUGCAUCUACAAGAGACCGGCCCAGGACCGGUUGAAGAAAGAAACUAAGAUUACACUGAAAAUUAUAACUUCCCGGCUAAACUCCUUAGGUUGA